CUGUGUUUCUCUCUCGCUAUAAUCCCAUAGCCCCGUAGAGGGGUGAGGCAAUGGCGACGGGGGAACUUUCAUCAAAUUGGAAAAAGCUACAGAAGACACUGACCAAGACCUCAUCUGUCGAGCCCACACCAUCGAAGAAUGGCACCAAACGAAAGCGCGAAUCGACGUUGAAGGCUCGAGUAGGCGCAGGGAAAUUGCCCCAAAGUCGACAAGCGGCGAUCAAGAGAGAUCUCAAGAGAAAGAAGAGCAUGGCGUCAGGAGUUUCACAAGUGCAAAGGAAGACUACAAUACUUGAGGUUGAAUCCUCCAAUGACACUCAGCGUUUGCGGGUAGAACCACCAUCGGCGGUGCUGGUCAAUGCCGGGCUGUCUCAUCACGUUGAAUUGGGAAGAUAUGUCGCCAUCGACUGCGAAAUGGUUGGAGUGGGCCCCAAUCCGGCACGAGAGUCGGCAUUGGCGCGAGUCAGCCUCGUCAACUACAAUGGCGAACAAGUCUACGAUUCAUAUGUCCUCAGCAAAGAGCCUGUGACAGACUGGCGGACUCAUGUCAGUGGAAUCCGGCCGGAACAUAUGGCCGAGGCACGGUCGCUGGAACACGUCCAGGCCGAGGUGUCCAAGAUCAUCACGGGCAGGAUUCUCGUUGGCCAUGCCAUCCACCAUGAUCUCGAGGCGAUGAUGCUCAGUCAUCCGAAACGUGAUAUACGGGAUACCUCUCGUCAUCCUCCGUACCGAAAAUGGGCUGGAGGGAGUUGGCCUGCGCUCAAGAUCCUGACGUCCGAGUUAUUGGGCUUUGAGAUCCAGGACGGUGCUCAUUCAAGUGUGGAGGACGCCAGAGCAUGCAUGUUGUUGUUCCGAAAAGACAAAGCAAGCUUUGAAAAGGAACACUCUCGGCGUUGGCCGGCUCCACCUGCGCCAGCGCCAGCGCCUGAAUCUGAAUCCCCUGCGCCCGACAACCAAUCCCAUCCAGCAAGGUCGAAAAAGAAGAAGAAAAAGAAGAGGCAUUAAGAUGCUAGGAGGCCAAACACAACAGAAUUAUCCAAGAUUGGAGUGGCAUGUCAUUAUGGUAUCACGAGUGCUACAGAGGAACAUCUUCCAUCAACUCCAUGGCUCCCUCCCGCGAGACAGUGAUGAUGACAUCUCCCAGCGUUCUGGUAUUGAAGCCUGCUUCACAAUAUGUGAAAUAGUACUGGAAAGUCGUUGUUAGCCGCUGUGGACACGUACUCUUUCUGUGCGGCGACUUACCUCCCAUUUUCUCCGGAACAGGGACACAUCACUCUCGGUCAUUCCGUCAUGUUCUGCCAAUAAUGCCGGGCGGAUCCUAGCGUCAAAGUUUUGCUGGAAAUUGUCCUUCCACAGUCUCAAAGUUUUGGCGUAAUGAGGCCCAAUAUUCUCUAUUGAAUCCACAAUCAACAGACCUUUACUUCCUUUGUUGAUGGCUUCUACCAGCUGGGAUACAGAGGGGAGGUGUCCGCCGGGGAAAAUAUACUUUCGAAUAAAGUCUUGACCUUUGGCAUAAGCCUCAUAUCUCGAUUCGGGCAUUGUGAUGGAUUGGAAGACGGCAAUGCCACCAAUAGGCUUGAGCAGUUUAUGGACACACUCAAAAUAUGUGGUCAAGAACUCCCGUCCGACGGCUUCAAUCAUCUCAAUACUGAUGAUCUUGUCGUAGGGGCCUUCGCGAGGCAUGGGAAGGGCUCGGUAGUCGCACAGCAAGACUUCAAUGUUGUCGGUCAGUCCAGCAUCCGCUAUUCGGCGAUCUGCCAAAUCUUUUUGUUCAUGACUGAGGGUGAGCGAGGUGACGCGACAACCGGUCCUCUGGACGGCUCUGAUGGCUAAGCUGCCCCAGCCCGUGCCGAUCUCAAGGACAUGGUCGGAGGGUUUGAUUUUGGCAUUGUCAAUGAACCUGUCCAGUUUGCGAUACUGGGCCUCUUGCAGAGUUUCAUCUGCCUUUUCUUCAGUCAUGUCCGACUUCGGCUUCCAUAUGGGACAAGAAUAGGUCAUGUCUGGAGAUAAAAAGGCCUCGAACAUGGCAUUGCUGAUGUCGUAAUGAGCACUGAUAUUCAACUGGGCAUUGGCCAAGGUGUUUGUGCGGCGCAGGAAACCACUGAUCGCGGAGGAGAGGGAGGAGGUGAGGGUGGUGGCAUUGGACAGGUUGUCACGGUUGAGGAUGAAGAUCUGCCUUGGUGUCAAUCAGGUUGUCCUUGCCCAACAGCAAGGCUCCAUGGCUUACUCUAAAGAAGGCAGUCAGAUCCGGACAUUGUAUUUCGCCCAGCAUGAAAGAUUCGGCGAAACCCUGUGCUAUGACUUAGUCUCUACGCACCAGAGAACAGCUACAAUGCGCACCAUAUCUGCAAAGAGAGCCAACCGCAACCAGAAGGCAUCGCGCACUACACGCAGGUGGACAUUUGGUUCAACAGGGUCACCUGAGGUUUGCCCGCAUAUGGUUGUGGUCCCAUCGUUUUCUAGGAUCGUGAGACGGCCACGUUGGAUGCGACUCAAUAGGGCGAGAACCAGAUUCCUGGAGACGCUGACAGCUGGUCCCCAUGCAAAGGCCCCAGCAAAGCCACGAGCCUGAUCGAGUGCUGAGGUCACCAGGGAGGUCAUGGUGAGGAGGAACAAGGAAUGGAGGAGAUUGGGACUACGGCAUCGGAGGAGCGAUAGUAGAAGCAAAGAAGCAACAAGUAAUGAUGAGGUGCCAAACGGCGCGUGUACGAGAGGAAAUAGAGAACAAGAUGAAAGAUCACCCAACGCAGGAAGUUCACAGAGGGAAAAGAACAAACAAGUAAACGAUGACGGCACGAUCGAGGGACUUUUUGGACGAUAAAAAAUCAGGCAAGUCGGUGUAAUACAGGCCCGUCCUCCGAGGGAAGGCGCGACUCAGGCAGGGUCCAGAAAUGCACCAGGACUCGUAAAGGGU